GUAGGAGGCGCUGGGGAUGAGGAAUAAAAGGGCCCCUUCGCUGCUCUGUUUUCCCAGCUCACUUCUCUUUCUCGGGCUCUACUACACAAGCGGGUACUGGCUGCCUUGCUUAUUUCAUUUCACGACUCUUCAACCUCAUUUUUUACGCUCCGCGCCGUCCAUCACUGCAGAUAAUAACCUUACAUCAUGCGCUUCGGAACAGCCAUCUCUUUGCUUUGCGCUGUUGCGUCGGUGACGCCGCUCGCGUUCGCCGCGCCAGUCGCUUCCGACUCGACUGACAGCUUCGAGGCUCGUGGCUUCGACGUUGAGGUCGCUGACCUCGUCGCUCGCUCCGACUUCGACGAGGCGACGAGCCUUCUCGCCCGGGCGGUCGCGGACGUGCUCAGUGCGCGGACCGACCCGCCCCCCUACGACAGGCACGACCCGAUCCACGGCGCGAAGCCCAAGUACUCGAAGAUUGACCCCAACCCCCCGCCCAAGUACAGCAAGAAGGAUCCGCUCAAGAGCCCAAGCCGGGCCCUUCGCGCCCGCGCGAGCUGGUCGACACCUGGUGGUGAGCGGUCCGAUGGAGGGAUGGUCAAAGACUGUAUGGUGCCCAUUGUAUCCUUGACGUGGACUCC